AUGCAUACUGACCAAACCACUGAUGAAAAAAAUGACUCCUACCCUUUUCCUCUUCCUCCUCAACACAGCCAUGGUUGUCGCGGCGGCAACUCUUCGGACUGGAUUCUUCNAAAAAUGACUCCUACCCUUUUCCUCUUCCUCCUCAACACAGCCAUGGUUGUCGCGGUGGCAACUCUCCGGACUGGAUUCUACUUGGAAACUUGCCCGAAAGCCGAAUUUAUAGUCAGAGAUGUUAUCAAGAAGGCCAUGAUUAGAGAACCCAGAAACGCUGCCUCAGUUAUGCGCUUGCAAUUCCAUGAUUGCUUUGUAAAUGGGUGUGAUGCUUCUUUGUUGCUGGAUGAUACCCCAAACAUGCUCGGGGAAAAACUUUCCUUAUCGAAUAUAAAUUCACUGAGGUCUUAUGAAGUUAUUGAUGAAGCCAAACAAGCCUUAGAGAAGGUCUGCCCAGGUGUUGUUUCUUGUGCAGAUAUCAUAAUCAUGGCCGCUAGAGAUGCUGUUGUUCUGAGUGAAGGGCCCAAUUGGGAAGUGAAGUUGGGAAGAAAGGAUAGCUUAAUGGCCAGCCAAGAAGACGCGAACAACAUCAUGCCAAGCCCAAGAGCAAAUGCUAGCUUCCUCAUUGAGCUCUUCAGCAAAUACAAUCUCUCUGUCAAAGAUCUAGUAGCCCUAUCUGGGUCUCAUUCCAUCGGCCAAGGUCGGUGCUUCUCCAUCGUCUUCCGGUUAUACAAUCAAUCCGGCACUGGCCGACCCGAUCCCACCAUCGAACCCAAAUUCAGAGAAAAGCUAAACAAGCUUUGUCCGCAUGGUGGAGAUGAAAAUGUGACGGGAGGCUUAGAUGCUACACCCCAAGUGUUUGAUAACCAAUAUUUCAAGGACUUGGUCAAUGGGAGAGGAUUUCUCAAUUCGGAUCAAACUCUAUUUACAUACCCGAAAACUCGAAACUAUGCAAGAAUGUUUAGUAUAGAUCAAAGUGGAUUCUUUAAGGCAUUUAUUGAGGGGAUGAUCAAAAUGGGUGACUUACAAUCGGGCCGGCCGGGGGAGAUAAGAAGGAACUGUAGGGUGGUCAAUAGCCGGCCAGUGGACAUUCUGAUGGAGACUUGA